UCCAUUGUGUGAUGUUUAGUGUGAUCGCGACCAUUAGUGAGAGUGCUGUGUGUGUUGGUCAGGUGUCACCAAUGUUCAGGGGGUUGAUUUAAUAUCAGUCCGUAGUCGUGCGGUGUAUUGGGACGCGGAACUGCAUAAUUGCUUAUCGUGGUCACCACCCAACUGCUCGCGCUUCCCGUGCUGCUCGCCACGUUAUUCUUUAUAUUACAGAUUUGUGGGCAGUCCCAGUCGAACCAAAACAGCUCUACCGGAAACCAGCUGACACACAACACCCAACGCUCCAACCUUGAUGCCGCAUCGUACAUGACUUCAAUUAUUUAAGAUGCAAGAUGAAGAGAUAGCAGAACAGUGAGGGUCCAGGCCAAGUGAGGCACAGACAUUUCCAGUCUUCCAGUUGUGUCCACCACACAACGUAGCUGACAUCAAACUCAAACACUUUGGUUACUACAACUUCCUGAUGAUUCAAACUGGAAUAAACAUUGGACAUCUUCGUCCAAUUUUCUCUGAACAUUUAGUUUGGCUAAUAUUCAUUGCCAUUACUAAUGUAUCAGCAGGAUGUCCCUCGGAUGAAUAUCCAAUAAUGCAUCAUGAGUGUUGUCCUAAUUGCCAAACUGGCCAAUAUGUUUCUGAGGACUGCACUCUGAGUAAGUACACAGUGUGUCUGCCGUGUAGCGAAGGUACUUUCAACAACGGAUCGAAUGGGCUCAAACAAUGCUUUCCUUGCACAGACUGCGUUUCAGGUCUCGGCUUUAAGCUGAAAAAGCAGUGUACAGCCACAUCAGAUGCUCUGUGUGAGGUACUGGACGGCUACUUCUGUAAGGACUCAGUGAGGGGUGGCUGUAUGGCAGUUCAGAGACACAAGGAUUGCAGCCCUGGCCAAUGCAUCAGCCAAAGAGGAACAGCUUCUCAAGACACAGUGUGCCUUAAUUGCAACCAUGGAACAUUCUCAAAUGGCAACUCAACAUAUUGCCGGCCCCACACAAUAUGUGAACAUCUGGGACUGGAGCAGAUGAAACCAGGAAGUGAUUCCAAAGAUUCUGAAUGUAGUUCAUUCAAAGGCGGGGAUAAAAGUGUUUGUGAGGUAUUAGGAUUAAUAGUAGCUGGAACACUAAUUCAAGUAGUGGCAAUCUUCGUCCUGAUGCUAUGUCUAUAUAUUUAUAUACAUUGUUUACCACACGUUGAAGGCCUGAAUGCCUCUAAGUUAAGUAUUUUGUGUGAGGUGGUUGAAUGAUUCCAGUGGGGCUAGUUAUCCAGGUCUGCACCACUUUUUUAAGUAAAACUGAAUGAUGGUGCUACACUUUAUUGGAAAGAGCCUGGGGGAGACUAACAUUUUGGCCAGCCAAUUGGGUGGGACUUGAGAUGGGGCGGAUUGGUCAUGAACAGUGUCUAAGGGCAGCUCAAUGCUGCUAGUCUGAAUUCAGCAAUUCAUUCGCUCAGACUUAAUUGGUGCUGACGAUUUUUCUGCAUUCUCAGGCCAUAUCUGGGUACCCACUGUGAUUUUGUAGUUGCCGUAGGACGGUUUUAAUGUACUUGUUUACAACAUUAAGUACUGCCAGACCAUGAAUAUGCCAUAUUCUCUGAGAAUAAGGGAAUAGGAAAAGCAUUGCAAUGAUGGCACAUUUUUAUGCAGAAGCACAAUGUAUUUUUCCUAUCAUCUCAAAAACAAAUGUACUAAUCACUGGUCAGACUUUGAAACUGUACAGCCUUAAAGCCUUAAACAUGUUCACUGAUACAAGCAGUGCAGUAGGUUCAAUUUAAGUGCAUAUGCUGUCAAUCCCAGGUACAGUAUUUGAUUGCAACAGUUCUAAAUGAAGCAGAAAGUAGGGGAUUUUUUGGCGAGUUUGGUUUCAAAAUCAUGCUUUCUUCUGCUCCAUUAUGCUCUCUUUACAACUCUCUAAUCUUAACAGCUGCGUUACCGAAUGUUAUAGUGAAAGGUAAUCCCUAAUAAGCUCUGAUAUGCACUUGCCAAUACAGGAAAGUAAAGCUUUACAGAAGUGUAUAUUACUUCUAUAAGUCGAGAUACAAAUAUUAUGCUUUGAUGUUUUUGCACAAAUGGGGCUUUUGGGGCGACUGCAAUAAAGGGAGGGCUUA